AUGUCGUUUGAGGCCACCACCAAGUACCUUACGGACCCAAAAUGGCCCCUUGAGGAAAUAUCCAAGUUUGAGUAUGCUGUAGGGCUCUCACCGACAUCCCAAUUUGUUCAGAAGCCUUAUUUGGAUCUUUUUAGCCACGCAAAAUCCGCCUCCCGUUCCAACGCCAUCCUACUUUCUCGACUCUUGGACUUGUACUUAAUUACUGGACCACCACUUCCAUCCGAGCUUAUCAGCUUUGAGCCUGACUCCUCAAUUGAUGACCCAUUUUAUCCCAUAACCGUGUUGAGCUUCUAUACUCGUUGGGUUCAGAGGUCAGAUUCCAAUACGAACCAGUACCUGUGGGAGUCUGUGAAACCUGCUAUAGAAAAAUGGAUGAAAAAAUUUAGCGAUAACACAGACGAAGAUCAAGACUUAUACAUUUCUGAGUUGGUAAACUUGAUCGCUGCCGUAUCUUAUGCCCAGCCAGCUUAUGCUCAAGACCAAACUACCAAGUAUGGUUGGUUUUCACCCGAUUUUCUCGAUCCCACAUCUAUCGACCACCAUAUUCUCUUUCUUUCCAAAUUCAAUCCUGACGCUAUACCAGAAGACCCUGGAUACCAGAUCUUGGGUCUGCUUCUGCUUCUCACCAAAAGAUACUUCCCGAUAUUGCUCAACAUGAUUCUGAGUUCCAAAACGUUCGAAAUCUUGAAAAGUACGCUUCUGUCGCAGAAGUUGUCAAGGCUAUCAUAUGACUUCUUGUACCAGUUUCUCGUACAGUCGACUCGAUUCCCCUACUCUGCCGACUACUUGCUCAAUCUGCUUCCCUCAAUGGUCUCAGAUUACCUAGUCAGCCUGCCCUCAGCAAUCAGCGACCCGGAAAUAUGGAAUUUGAAAAAAGAAGCACUCCACAAUUUACUAGGACAUUCUGAUUUGGGUAUGUGGGCGGAUAAAAUAACCUCAACUUACACGUUAAUGGUGAACGGCAAGAAUGUCAAAGAUAUUGAGCCUACAGUUGAUAUUAUGGACGAAGCGGCAUAG